GUUUGUAGGAAUGUGAAUAAUUCAUCAUUCACGGGAAUCGAAUCACAAGGAUUUUUCCCAUUUUUUAACCACGGUAUUAAAACAAAAAAAAAAUGUUUUUUUGCUAUAUAACUACAAAUUUACGGUUUUUCGGAUUUUCCCUCUACUUUUGCCAUAAAAAAAAUAAAAAAAAAUUGCCUUUGGUGUGCUGACGAUUUUUGGGUCAACAUAUUCGUGUGAACAAGUUUUAUCUUCUAUGAACCUAAUAAAGAUCAAGCUAAGAAGCCAAAUAACAAGUCAAAAUUUAGAGUUAAGUCUUAAACUACAAAUUAUUAGUUAUGUACCGACCUUACCAAAAUUUUCACCGUUUGCAUUGAUUUUUAAUUUAAUUUCAGCUUUGUUUGACAUAAUACCAUAUUUUCUAACAUAGUAAUAAUAUAAAUAAUAAUGAAUGAAGUCGUAUUUUACUUAAUUACCACUCCUUUAUCCGAUACAAAUUUGAAAUAAAAUGUAAAAGCCGAGUUAAAAAUUCGUGAUUUUUUGAAAUUCAUGAAACAAUAUUUUUAUUACCAAUAUAAAGUUUGCCUAUCCCUAGUUAGGCCAACGGGAGGUACCCUAUAGGUUUUGAUUCCCUUGCUGGUGUCAAAAUAUGCGCUAUACACGGUCGUAUCUUUUGAUUGCGUUGACUUUUUUCACAGCUCCAAGGGAUUGCAGUCCUGAGUACUUAUUUGAUAUUAAUUUCCACUUGAUGCCUUCAAGCGUCCAUUUGAAAAAUUUUAUUAUGCUUUUUUUUGUGUCAAGAUAACACUUCGUUAUAAUCUCCAUUUCAUCCCUUAGUUUGGAUAAUAUUAAAUAAAGUUCAAGACAAUUAAGGGAUGGAAGGUUUUUAUUUUUAAAGAACUAACACCGACGUUUCGCUUCUAUUUGGGAGGCUUUUUCAAGAACCUAUCUUGAAUUAAGUAUAUUGAUUGCCACAAGCAUUUUCCACAGUGGGUUCCUAAGAAACUGUGUAAACAUUCGAUUCUAUUGAAAACAGCUUGACGUUUUCGAUUCGAAUGUUAAUUCCAGACUCAAUUAAUAUACUCAUAUACAAAUUUGUUACAUAAAACAAUAAUAAUAAUGAGAAGUGUUCGAUGGACUUCGAUAAGUGGACCGAAUUUGGUCCGAGAAGACGAACUUAUGCGUAUGGUAGAAAUAAGCCAAUUGAAAAAACAGAUUGAAGUGAUAUCAACGUUUCUACCGGACGAGAUUUUGAAAAUGACACCCCUUUCGAUGUCAAAAGUGCACGAAUUUGUGGGAAUACUUUUGGUGGCCGACGUGUCAGGAUUUACUCCUUUGACGGAGAAAUAUACUAAGAUCGGGAAACAUGGGAUUUAUAAACUGACAGCUACUCUAAAUGCAUUCAUUGGGGUACUAGUGGAAGUGAUUUAUUUUUAUGGAGGUGAUAUUCUUAAGUUUUCUGGUGACGCUUUCCUUGCUUUAUGGAAACUUGGGCCAGAAGAUAAUUUAUAUAACGUAAUACAUGAAGUAAUAGUUUGUGCACUCUUUAUCCAACAAACACUGGGCUCGUUUGAAACGGAAGUAAAUGUACUACUGAGAGUGAAAUUGGCUAUUGCGUGUGGAAAUCUUGUCUUCUCAGUGAUAGGAAAUGACGCUAGCAAACAGUACGUGGUACUGGGAUCCGCGGUAAAGGACGUAAAGGCGGCAGAGCACGCAAGUGUAUCUGGAGAUGUAAUCAUUGCUCCUAGUGCAUGGGGACAUUUACCUGAGGAUAAUUAUCAAAUUGUCUACACAGAUACAGGAUACGUCAAGGUGUUAAGGUGCAUAUACAGAGUGAAAGAUAGAUUGCGUAAGCAGAAAUACGACGAGAAAGAAGUAACUAUAACGAAAAUUUGCGAGAAACAUUUAAAUCAUCGUCAGCAUCUGUACCACGAGAAAAAGUUCGACCAAACAUUUAUCGAUAGUAAAGUAACUCAAGCGUUUAUUAGUACAUUACCUGAAAGAAAAUGCACGCUGGAAGCACCUGGUAAAUGGUCCACUGCCAAUCUGUUACCUUUUGUUAUAAAACUGGUGCAGGAACAAGUACAAGAAAACCAACCCGUUGAAUAUUUGACAGAAAUGAGAGAAAUAACUAUUCAAUUCAUCAAUAUUAUACCCGUAUCGUACCUCAACAAGUCUGUCAUUUCGAUGGUUGAUGCCGCCUUUAAAAUAGUUAGUGGAAUUAUAAGUGAAUUGCUUGGGAUCGUGAAUAAGAUUUCCCUUUUCGAUAAAGAUGCCAUGAUAUUGGUUCUGUUCGGAUUAAAAGGGAUAAAACACGAACAGGAGAGCCAAGACGCUUUAAGGUCAGGGUUUAGAAUAUUGCAAGAGAUUUCCAAAUUGGAAAAUGUAAAAAGUGUUUCGGUGGGGAUUACGAAUGGCUCUGUAUAUUGUGGUGUUGUAGGUCACCCAUUUCGAAGAGAAUACACAGUAAUAGGAGCGACUGUUAAUAAAGCGGCAAGGAUAAUGUGCACAUAUCCUGGCAAAGUGACUUGCGACCUUAACACUUAUCAAACAUCGAAGUUGUCUUCGUUUUAUUUCAAAUUGCAAUCGCCACAGAAACUCAAAGGUAUUGAAGAUUCGGGAAAUAUCUUUGAAUAUAACGAACUGUUCGAAACUAAGAUCAAUGAUUUUAAAGGAGAUCUUCCCUUCCUAGGUCGAGAAGACGACCUUGCCGCUGUCCAUAUGGUGAUAAAUCAUCCAGAAGAGAUAUUUGGAUAUUUCGGCAUUUGCUUUCAGGGAACACCAAAAAUUGGUAAAAGUGCAUUUCUAGAACAAGCGUACUUGGAAGCCAAAAAGGAUGGGCAUUGUGCGACAUUUCUACGAUUGACUGCAAAUAAACUGAGGCCGUACUUCACUUCUUCGAUGUUGUAUAAACAAAUAUACGAUGAGAAGACAAGAAUAGGUUCGAAGGAGGUGGAUUUGGUGCAAAAUUUACCCAGAGACCUGUGGAAUAUGAACGAAAUACUACAGGCAAAGUUAGAUUCUCAUUUGCCAUAUGAUAGAAAUCGUAAAGCUACGAUUAGCAAGUUGUUUUUGCAAAUUCUAAAGAGAAACCCAUCUAAUGUAACAGUUUUAUUUAUAGACGAAAUUCAAAAUAUCGAUAUAAAAAGUUUGGAGAUAAUUGAAGAUGCACUUACGGACGGAUGUGCACGAUUAAUUUGCACUGCGUCGUUUGAAGAAAACGACUGGGAUUUUCGUUGGCGAUUUUCAAGGAACGACAAGAUCAGAAUAACGGAACUCGAGCCUUUGGAAAGUAAAUACGUUCCGGCACUUGCAUGCCAAAUGCUUCGAGUAACGGGAGUUAAAAUGAAAUUGAUCAAAUUAUUGAUUAAAACUUGCGAAAAUAAACCCGGUUGGAUACAGACCUGUCUCCUCAGGCUCGUUAAUAAUGGAGGAAUUGUCCUGAGAAUUUUGAGAGCCACCGAUCUAGACUUUUAUCAGUUUAUAUUUCCGAAUUCGGAUUUAACUUACAUCAAAUCAGACGAGGAUGCAAAUGAAAUGAAAGACCACCAUGUAACAUCAUUCGCAGUCGCUGAUUUAAUGGAAACGUUCAACGAGGAUAGUACAGAUCUUACACUUGCUGCUAUAUCGUUGGAUCUGUUCGAUUAUUUUUCUCCUUUCGAACAACUAGUUAUUAAGACUGCUUCUGUCUUAGGAGUCACUUUUACCCGUUCUUUAUUAAUAAUUAUGCUCAGAUAUCCAAACGAGAGGUUAUUUGAACAUGCUAUUAAGAAACUGUUCGAAGAAGAAGUUUUCGACUGCGGUACCAAAUACAUAACCAGCCAAGGAUCUUACAUAAAGAGUCGUAUUUGUCUUUGUUAUUUUGAAGAAACCGAAAUGCAAGACGAAAACUUGGGUAAAAACAGAAAAUAUAUUUUCUGCAAAAACUUGCAUUUUAAAAACAAAAUGCUCCGAAACGUUGCCUACGAAUUACUUCCGAAUAAUCAGAGGAAAGAGUUGCAUUUGCGUGUAACGGACAUUUUAGAAAACCAGAACAACUCCUGUCCUUCUUGCUUACGCGACGAUUCUUCCACCGUAAUUUAUUUUCGUAAGUUCAAGGAGGUUAUGUAUCACUGCAGUCAGCCCAACGCUCUUUAUCGACCAAAAGGAAGGUAUUCUUCGUGGGCACGGAAUUACAGACCCAACGAUAUCGAGGAUAUAAUCCGAUAUGCAAUACGUAAGAAAAUAAUCAGUCUUGACGAUGGAAAGAGUCUUUCUGAUGUUGAGGAGCUGGAGGUACCUAAAAGGAAGAAAUGGGAUCCCACCGUUUGUUUUUGUCUAGAGAUUUUGUCCAGGGUUUUUUACGACUUAAUACACCACAGCGAUAGAGCAGGCCAUUUAGGUAAGAGAAUAUUUUUCCUGAUUCAGUACGGAUUACUACUGAUUACACUUCAAGAACCGAAAGACAGCAUUUCGCCGUUAGAAGAGGCUUGCGAGUUGUGCAUGGUCGACGCGUCCAGCGUGAACUCGUUGAUAACCGAAUCGUUUAGAAAAAUAUUUGCCGGCAAGACGCAAGUACUUUUAGCAAGUGCGUAUCUGAUGCUGGACGAUCAUAUAACUGCAAAGUCUCACAUUCUAAUCGCUUUAAGGCAAUACGACGUCCCGAUGUCAGCGUUAACGUCGAGAUUCCUUAACUGUUUGUUACAAAGAACAUUUUUGCCAGCACCUCUUCCCAACAGAGUCCAGUAUAUGACAAGAUCGCAACACAUGCAGAGGGUAGAUUUGGGAUACUGUUUGAACGUUCUUUCGGUGAUCAUGUUCAAAGAAGGAAAGCUGGACAAGGCCUCGAAGAUCGCAUUAAGGAGCAUUCAUAUCCUUCGAAACGCAAAUACAAAUCUCGCCAUUAUCUGCGACGUGUUCGCAAACGCCCUUGAUUUGUACAAUCACUUCGGAGACAAACACACCUGCGAACAAUUGGAGCGGUACAUAUGCAAGGAGAUAUUGUCCAAUUAUUCGGCUGGAUCGGUUAUAGUUGAGGACAUAGCUUUGUGCAGGCUUGUCAGUAUAUUUUUCAGGAUGUACUACACGCGAGGCGAACUGAUAAAAGGGAUAAGACUGGGAUUUCGCUCGGCGUUUUUAAAUACGAUCACACAAGCUUAUUUAUUGCAAGAGCAGAUAAUACCGUCGUUGUCGUCGGCGUUACUAAAAAAUUUUCGUAUAACCGAAGCGGUUGGGAUAUCACAGAUGUUUCUGCAAGACAGCGUCAAGUUCAACGAUUCCGGGGCCAUCCAUUAUUAUUCGUUUUGCGUUGAGUUAAUUGUGGAAGCAGGGUUCGUUUGCGAAUCGAUUGAAAAGUGUGAGCAAUUCGCGGAUUCGUACUUUGGCUCCAUACAGGGCAGGAUCGUGUUUACCGCAUCGGAACUAAAGUUUAUAAACUACCUCCAUCUGUACUUUGUCAGGAAAGAGAACUGGUCGAAGGCUCUGAAAUGGCGGUAUCUUAUACGUUUCGAUGAAAAAAGUCAUGUGACGGAUUCAAUUAUCACCAGCAUGUUUCUUUAUUUACAAGUUCUGUUGAUAAAUUUAGCGAAAAACGUACAGAAAAAGAAGAGACAUAUAGAGUUGGAGUUUCAAAAUGUAGAUGUACAUUUUCGAGAGUGUACUAAUGUCAUCAAGCACUGGAAAUUGUACGAACCUCGCUAUUGUAUUUUGAAAGCUUAUUAUUUACUGAUACGAAACAGAUGCAGAGUUACCGCCGCCGUCGAAUUCUACAUUAAAAAGGCUAUAAAAAUGACCGAAAAAAAUGGCAACAUAUUAGACAAUUCGUGGGCAAAGCAAAAUCUUUACGCCUGGAAGGGCGGCUUUACAUAUGAUUACACAGAAUUUAUACAUUUUAGCAAAGCUAGAAACUAUUCAACAUCCGAAUGGUCACUUUUAAUGUAUUCUUUUUCGGUUCGUUGAAUGUUAUUUUA